AAUAGUAUUAAGUUGUCUAACAUUAAUAGGUUAGCAUAAAAAAAAAAAAAACUCUGUUGAUUAACAACGUCAAGAACACGAACAGGGGAAUUAACACCUCCAGGCAUCAAAUACUGGUUGAAAAAAUGAAAAGAUUUUUUUUUUUCACAAGUCAUUUUCCUCCAGUCUAACAAGAAAUUAAAGUGGAAUACAGCAGAUAAGUUCUUACUCUUGCAAGAAACUAAAUUGGAGAAAAGAUAAGAUCUUUAAGUUAUGAAAUCACUCUUUUCAAAAACAAUAAAACAGAAUGUUCUAAGAAAUAUUAGUGUCAAAUUCCUCACUGUACAGGUUACUUGAUCUUCAACAUCAGUCCAAGACAGAAAUUUGAUCAGUUUGUAAAAACAGUAAAAGAAUCUAGAUUUUUUAAACAUUUUAGUUUUUAAUGCAGCUAAUUUUAAUAGUGGUUUGUAUGAGUUGAACUUUUUUGUAUAUCCUUUAAACCAGAUGAAGCAUCAGAUGAAGUUUGUAGAGUUGUAACAGUACUCUUCAUACUUUUCAGCUUUUUCCUGAGCAUGAACGAAGGAUAAUAUUGUUAUGGAAAGAGUCGUGGGGAGCAAGAACCCAUACAUAGAUGCGAAGCGUUCAUGUUCUUUCUCCUCCGAUCGUACCAAUACCAAGAGAAGAGUAAUGGAAUCGGUUCUAAUCCGCAAAGCUUAACACCUUCAAGCGUACAGAAGGUUAUAUUCUUGUUCUUCCGAGAAGAAAAGCACCAAAAAAAUUGGCAAUUGUAAUCAACCCCAUUGAAACGAAUAGUUAAUUGGUCUGAUAUAAAAGCAAAGCAAAGCAAAACUAUCACCACGUACCCAGAAAGAUCAAGAUCAAAAAGAAGGUCUGAUAUCAGAAAAUAAAAAAAAUGGGGUUGGGGUUGUUCAAGGCGUUGUUCUGCUGCAGCAAGGCCCGUCAAAUUGAAAUCGAGGAGUCAUGGGAGUCCUCUCCGGAGCAUAGCUCGAAAGAAGAUAGUGGAAAAAGGAAAUCAGUUGAUGGUGUUGUUGAGAAGAAGAGGAGCACGCCGCAAUCGGGAGCUAUUCUGGGAAAACCGUACGUAAAGAUAGAGCAAAUGUACGAGAUGAAGAAAGAGCUAGGAAGCGGACAAUGGGGUGUGACUUAUCUGUGCGUGGAGAAGAUGACGCAGAGAGAGUACGCAUGCAAGUCCAUUGCGAAGACGAAGCUGGUGAGUGCGCAGGAGAUUGAGGACGUGAGAAGAGAGGUUAUGAUCCUGCAGCAUCUGUCGGGGCAACCCAACAUCGUGGAGUUCAGAGGGGCUUACGAGGACAGAAACCACGUGCACCUGGUCAUGGAGCUCUGCAGCGGAGGCGAACUCUUCGACCGCAUCAUUGCCAAAGGAAACUACUCAGAGCGUGAGGCGGCGACGGUGAUGAGGCAGAUCGUGAACGUCGUUCAUGUCUGCCACUUCAUGGGCGUCAUGCAUCGAGACCUCAAGCCAGAAAACUUCUUGUUGGCCACCAACACCGACGAUGCUGCCGUCAAAGCCACCGAUUUUGGACUCUCCAUUUUCAUCGAGGAAGAUAAAGUGUACAAGGAGAUUGUUGGAAGUGCUUACUAUGUGGCUCCAGAGGUGUUAAAGAGGAGUUAUGGAAAAGAAAUAGAUGUGUGGAGUGCGGGAAUAAUUUUAUACAUCCUUCUAAGUGGAGUUCCUCCAUUUUGGGCUGAAAGCGAGAAGGGUAUAUUUGAUGCAAUUUUGGAAGGAAAGCUUGAUCUGGAGAGCGCACCAUGGCCUUCUAUCUCAGCUGCUGCAAAGGAUUUGAUCAGGAAAAUGUUGAACCAUGACCCCAAGAAACGCAUUACAGCUGCUGAAGCCCUUGAACACCCGUGGAUGAAGGAGGGUGGUGAAGCAUCUGACAAGCCUAUAGACAAUGCUGUUUUAACUAGGAUGAAACAGUUCAGAGCAAUGAACAAGAUGAAGAAACUUGCUCUCAAGGUUAUAGCAGAAAACCUUUCAGAGGAGGAAAUCAAGGGCUUGAAACAAAUGUUCAACAAUAUGGACACUGAUCGCAGUGGCACAAUCACAUACGAGGAACUCAAAUCUGGAUUGACCAAAUUGGGAUCCAAGCUCAGUGAAUAUGAAAUAAAGCAGCUAAUGGAAGCUGCCGAUGUUGACAAGAGUGGAACUAUUGACUAUCAAGAGUUCAUCACUGCCACUAUAAACCGGCAUAAACUGGAGAAGGAAGAGAAUCUGUUUAAGGCUUUUCAAUACUUUGACAAGGAUAACAGUGGAUAUAUAACAAGAGAAGAGCUUAGACAAGCAUUGACCGAAUAUCAGAUGGGAGAUGAGGCAACUAUAGAUGAAGUGAUCGAUGAUGUGGAUACUGAUAACGAUGGGAAAAUAAAUUACCAGGAGUUUGUGGCAAUGAUGAGAAAGGGGAUUCUGGAUAUUGAUGAGAAGGAGAAACCACGAUAGUUGUGUUGUGUUGUGAGGCCUCAAAACAAAGCUGUUUCUGGAUUUUUCUUGCUGCUUGCUGCUGAUGGUUGAAUCACCUUUGAAUGUGUGAAUGUGUGUAUUUACUUGAUGUCAAAAUUUUAUGGCAUUCCCACUCUAUGCCAAACUUUGUAAAGCUUGUUCUAAAUAAACUGCAAUAUGUGGAAAAUAAAUAAAACUAUAAUCCAAAGAC